AUGGAGCUGGAAAGGAGAAGCGAAAGGCAGAGCCUGGUGAAAAGGAGACGUGGGAUUCAGGAGGUGUGCGUGAUUGACAGGGGCACAGCUCAAUAGGCGCCCGGCAGUCCCCCUCAGCUUUCCCACCCCUCUCCAACCAUGGGCGGGGGUGGAACAAUGGGAGGAAAAGGAGAUGGAAGCAGGAAAAUGGCAGCGGCGUUGGCAGCGGCGGCUUUAGCGGCGUCUUCGGGCAGCGGCGGUUCGCGACAGGGCGCGGCGUCCUCAGCCUGCUUCCCCGCGCUGCUCCUGCUUGCGGCUCUUUCGUCCCUGCUCCAGGUUUCAGCUGUGGAGGUAUACACGCCGACAGAAUUUUCUGUGGAGAAUGGGACUGAGGCAAAGCUUCCAUGCACUUUUACUUCCACAGAAGUGAUCAGCAGUUCAGCUUCUGUUGCCUGGAGUUUCCAAGGAGAGGGAUCAUCAUCUCCUAUCUCGUUCUUCUAUUAUUCCAACGGAAAAGCAUAUCCUGGAAAGAGCACACAAUUUGAUGACAGAAGCACCUGGGCUGGAGACCUUAACAGGAAAGAUGCAUCAAUCACUAUAGCAAACAUGCAAUUUCAGGACAAUGGAACCUAUAUCUGUGAUGUUAAAAACCCUCCAGAUAUAGUUGUUACACCAGGAAAAAUCAAAGUCAGGGUUAUGGAGAAAGGUAACUUGUCUGCAUUUUCUCUUACCCUUGUGUUAGGGGUAACCGGUGUUGGCAUUCUAGUUUUAGUUUUCGUCAUCAUGCUUAUUGUGUGUGUUAUGAUCAGAAAGAAGAAUUCCAAAAAGCACUAUUCUGGCUGCAGUACCUCUGAGAGCUUGAUGUCUCCAGUUAAGCAGGCUCCACGGAAGUCCCCCUCCGAUACAGAGGUUUUGGUAAACAGCGGGCCCAUCCGAUCUCAUCAGGGACCAGUAAUUUAUGCACAAUUAGAUCACUCUGGAGGGCAUUACAGUGACAGAAUCAACAAAUCAGAGUCUGUGGUCUAUGCUGAUAUUCGGAAGAACUGAGGAGAUUACAACCUAUCCAAAGCUUAACAAAAGUUCAAACUGGAAUCGCUUGAAGAAAAUUGACCCAGAGAACUCAUAUGUGGCCUUUGAUGCCUAGGCUAAGACCAAUGCAUGUGCAUACAGAGAGAAAGAGAUUAUAUAUGAACUGUGUGUAAAUAGUCUAUUUAAUCAUACAGAAAGGAGAACAAUGUUGCAUGUUAAAAUAUGAUGAUAAUUCUGCUUAUAAAUGGCCAAUAGUUCAUUAUAUAUUUAGGAAAAGGGGAGAAAAGAAACAUUCAUGUUACACCUUUAGGCAAUUUGUCAAUUGUUAUAUGGAAAAACUGGAAAUUCUUGGAUAGUCUAAUGGAAUUGGUACUUUUUAUGUUACUUUUGAAAUGGACACAAGAACUACUUCUUCAUGAUUUCUCUUAAUUAAUAUUUUUGCAUUUUUUACAGAUCUAAUUUUUCAUACAACUUAUGUCUUCUUCCACUCUAAUGUCCUCCUUUUCUAGGAGAAGUAAUCUUUACUUGUUUUAGUUUCCAAUCUAAUGGAAGGCAAAAUUUUGUCUUCAAGGAAUUGAAGGGAGGCAGCCUCCCAUAAACAAACUUUGAGACAUACAAAAGUUUUAAUCAAGUAAUUUUUAUAGUGCAACAUUAACAAAUAUCUUGAGAUGUUUUUAUGGCUCUUUUCUGGUUUCAGCAACAAAGAUGAAACUCAGUUACCUCUUGGAGCAAAAUAGGGUGCUAAUUUUGUUGUGCCUUUCUAUAAUCUAUAAAUCUCUUUACAAUAGUCUACUUCUAAGAGUUACAAAAGGCUGAUUGAUGUUGCAGUUGCAAAAACAAAUGGCUACAAUUUAAUC